AUCAAUGAGUAAAGAUGACUGUUUAGAAAACUGGAGGGAUGUCACUCUUGACCUGGAAACCUCUCCGACUAAAAUCAAGCGUUCACGAGGCAUCCUUAGCGAUACCCAACUGGUGUAUAAACCAGCCAUGUUGGAGACUUGUUUACAGGAAAUUGAAGUCAGGAUUAAACCAAUGAACACAUCGGUGAAAAGCAAACAUGAACACACCAAUCCUGACCUUCACAAAUUUUGUGAGGAAUUUUAUGAAACUUAUAAAAUCGAGCCUGAUCUGAAGCUUUCCCAGAAUACCAAUUUUCCCAAUUUACGUAAAAGCAAGGCAAAAAUUCAUUCAAAAAGAGCAAAGGAGUUGACUAAAAUCAUAAAUCUAAAGAAGACACAACGAAUGCACAGAACCGAGCAACAGAAGAAGCUCAGAGCUAGGACAACUAUCGGACGGAACACCUGUGAACAAGGAAGCAGUUUCUCGCUCAUUCAAGAUGAGACCAAAGAUGAGGUACUGGCCAGAAGCCCGAAACAGUCACCAGCAUUCAUUAAAACUAAGAAAGUACGAAAAUUUUCGAAAUUUCAGAAUUCUUUUUCACUUCGAGCGUCACAACAGCGCAAGAAGAUCAGUACUCGUCCUAAAGUUUCUCCAAUUUGAGCCAAUGAGAAAGACAUGUCUCCUAAUAGAGAUUAUUCCGAAGAACAAGGACCCAAAGCCACUCAUAUGAAACUGCAUAGUUGUAUUGCGAUCAAUGUAUUAGCCAAGCCAGAUGUAAAAGCAAUGGAAUCUCCCAAGCCGGUUAUGUCGACACUGAAGAAGAGAAGGGCCAAUACCAUCGAGAAAGAUAAGAAACAACACAAAUUUGCAAGCAUCUCUGAUACUUCUGAAGCUCCCCGCUACAAUGAAGCCAUGAAUGUCAUCCUUAACCCCCUUGAACAACAGAAGUAUGCCAAGCUAAGCUCGGAAAAGAAGCUAAAACACAUUUUCAAAAUCUACAACAGGAAGGAAAUGAUUUCCAAAGUGAACACACUUCGGAAGAACAACCAGCGAGUGAACUUGACAAACCUCCACCAGGACCAGCAAGACCCAAAGAGAUAUGACAACAGCUCCUCUUAUUUGUAAAGACCAAGCCAAAUAUGCACAAGUUUAAAACUUGAGUAAAUAGCUUCAGGAAUAAAUCCAAAAAUCUUAUCCCAAAAGUUACUGAAGAAGAGCUAAGCCAAGAAGCUCC